AUGGAAUACCUGAUUCGACUUGCGCAGAUGCAUGAAACGUUUCGUCGUCCUGAGUUGGAGGCGCUGGCUGUGUUGCACAAUGUAGACUUGGAGAUUUUGGAAUACUCAGAUCAGUCACCAUUCUGCAUUGCAAGAAUCUCAUCGGACGAAGACGCAGCAAAACUCAUCUCUCGAUCCAUGUUGACAGGCGCAGUCUACGAGCUCUGGGGUAUCGGCAACAACUACGAUGAAUGCCAUACAGACGUCAAGAAACGAUCACAGCACCUCUGGCCUCAGUACAAAGACAACGCAUCUUUCAGUUUCCAAAUCGACAGUUUCCAGGCCAAGCGCACGAACACGGAGAAGAGAGACAUUGUCGAAUCCUUCUCUUAUAUGGCUUUUGAGGGACCUAUUCGAAUGAAGAAUCCAGAUCUUCCUCUGGUUGUGCUUGAAGAGUAUGACCUCGAGGCCAAAGAUCCCAAGCGUGUGGCGCUGGGUCGUCUGAUUGGUGAGAGUGGAAGGUCCGUGAUGAACAAAUACGAUCUCAAGAAGCGCAAAUACAUCAGUACGACAUCGAUGGACUCGCAACUAGCUCUCAUCACCGCAAACAUGGCUUUGGCAGCACCGGGAAAGAUAUUCUACGAUCCGUUCACUGGCACGGGAAGUUUCCCAAUCGCGUGUGCGCACUUUGGCGCGACUGUGGUUGGUAGUGAUAUCGACCCUCGCAGCAUUCGUGGAAAGCCGGAUCGGAAUGUUAUGAGCAACUUCGUGCAAUACGGACUAGUACCACAAUAUCUCGAUAUGUUUGUGAGCGACCUGACGAACACACCGAUCAGGAGGACGAGAUGGCUUGAUGGCAUUGUUUGCGACCCUCCGUAUGGUGUUCGUGAGGGCUUGAGAGUGCUAGGCAGUACGAGAGAAGACUUGCAGAAAGAAGUUCUGCUCAAGAGCGGUGUCCCAGCACAUCUGGCACCAGGCUACAUCCCACCAAAAAAGGCUUACAGUUUCGAUGCGAUGAUGGAUGACAUCCUCGACUUUGGCUAUACCCACAUGGUGGAUAAUGGCAGGCUUAGUAUGUGGAUGCCGGUGGCUAAUGACGAGGACAUGGAGAUCCCAAUUCCCAGCCACCCUGCUAUGGAGCUGGUAGCCAUGUCGGUGCAGCAAUUCAACAGAUGGGCCCGCAGACUCAUCACUUACCGCCGCGUUCCAGAAGCCCAAGUGGAUCAGGAAGCGCUUCAAAACCGCGAGAAGCGCGAAGAGGCAACCGGAGUGACGGCAGAUGAUCUCAACGCAUUCCGUCGGAAGUACUUCCAAGGCUUCAAAGAUCAACAGCAACAAGUCGAGGCGAACGCUGCGGCGUCAUCAUGA